AUGGUUCUUAACCCGAUUGAUAUGAGACCAGCAACUCAGUUAAGUCGUAAGGUACUUUGUAUUAUGUAUUCAACCAUUAAUCAUGCUAUCCAAUUAGUUAUCGUUCGCUAUAUACUACGACGGUUGCCUCCAAUUUUAUUCUCUUUUCAAAACCAUUAUUCACUUCGUAUUAGCGCUGACUGUAACUUCUGUUUUUUUCAGAAGGAAAAACAAGAGGAAAAGAAAAAACCCUCUAUGGGUGAGAAAGACGGAGGUAAUAAUAAGGCGGCGGACGGCGGAGGAAAGAAGGAUGAUGGGCCGAUCACCGCCGUGUUGAGGCUCGACUUGCACUGCGAAGGCUGCGCCAAGAAAGUCAAACGGGCGGUUAGCCAUUUCGAAGGUGUGGAGAAAGUAAAAGCUGAGUGCGCUUCCAACAAGUUGACCGUGACCGGCGAUGUGGACCCCACGUGGCUCUGCGAGCGAGUCCAAUACAAGACCAAGAAGAAGCCUGCGGUUAGCACAGUGGUAAUGAAAAUCAGAUUGCACUGUGAUGGUUGCGCGCAUAAAAUAAAGCGGGUGGUCUUGAAGAACAUUGAUGGGGUCAAUUCGAUAAAAAUUGAUUUCGACAAGGAUUUGGUCACGGUCACGGGCACCAUGGACGUGAAGGAACUAACGGCUUAUUUGCAAGAAAAGCUCAAACGAAGCGUAGAAAUUGUUCUUCCAAAAAAAGAUACAGAUAAGAAAAAAACCGACGGUGAUUUAAAUAAAAAGCCUGAUUUUGCCGCCAAGGAAUCGAAACCUGCCGCCACCGGAGAAGGAAGCAAGGCCAACGAGGGUACCAAAUCGGAGGUCAACAAAUCGGAGUACAAUAGCUUUAGUCCACUGAAGCACUAUGCCAUGCCAAUUAAUUUUAACUACGGUUAUCCUCAUAUGGGUUACGUGGUGCAGUACUUGCAAGGGCCACCACCGCCUCCACCAACGUACCUGAACAUAAACGAUCGAGUGUUCAGCGAUGAAAACCCUAAUGGAUGCUCUGUAAUGUGA